CUGCGGAGUCGUAAUCAUACGUCUGCUACUGCAACCGGCCUUUCCCACACCAUUUUACUACUAAAGUGCCGCAAAGAAGAAGAGACUACUUGUCUUUUCUUUUCUUUACAUCUAGCCAUGUGUUCGUGCCUUGUAGCUUCAUCAACAAGCUGCCUCUAGCCUUGAGCUUCCAGCCCCCAUCAUUUGGGACACCUUCCUCAAGAACCGUAUACAUCUUUGCCACAGAUGUCUUUUCUUUGACCAACACCUAGUCCCCAGCCGUUCUUGGAUCCUGCCCCGCAACCGCCGACGCCAUGGGAAAUACCCAGAGUGCCAGCCACCACCACAACAGGCUCUCGAAACCGAAGACAAACACGAAUUCGCCUUUUGGAACCCCUAAGAUCGAUUCCCCAGUAUCGGUGUCCUCGAAAUAUGCAGACUUGAGUGCAAGGGAGAGGCAAGCGCUCAAGUCACAAUUGUGCUCCCCAAUUGAGACAGAGUUUAGCUCUAGCUUCGCUUCAGACGCGGAUGUUGGGAUUGGUGAACUGGCUACACGUUUACAAGCGCGAUUGUCGAACCUUUCCAGGUCCAACUCGAGAGCUUCGCAAAUCAAGAGUGGGCGUGCAUCGGACACGAAGCUUGGGAGCUUACCCGACUCGAUGUUAUCUUUAGUGUCGAACACGCAAAGUGUGGAUCUCGAAACGGCGAUCAAGAUUUUGCAGGAAGUCCGGAAGAACGCGACCCCCGACGAUCUGGCAGCUCUCCACCAAGCUCUACAGCCUUCUGCACCGUCGCCAUCUCCCGCUCCCCGUCAGAGCUUAGACCGAAGGGCCUCAGCCAUUAAACGGUCAUCAUCAUCCCUGACCAGGCGCCGCUCGUUGACAGCGACCCCAGGACUUGCAACUCGAGGCUCACCUACUGAUGGGACACGCAAACCUUGGAAUUCAUGGCAGACCCCUCAAGUCGAGCGCCAAACACAGAAAUGGCAUCUUGGAUUGAUGGGCACAUCGCCUCUAACUCGACUUGCCGCAUUAGAUCUGGCUGAAGAUGGACGGGAAUCGCCGACACCUCGAGCAAAGACUCCUGGGGAAAUGGAAUACUCCCACCUUGGAGCCCUCCAACUCGGUUCCCUCGUUGUAACCAACGGCGUUCCUUCCCCGGCCCCAAGCGCAAGGAAGCUCCCACGCGAGAAAGGCGACCUAGUAGGUUCUCUGGAGGAGGAUUACUUCACGGCUUCUGAGGGUUCCUCCAGCCCGGUCAAGCGGGUGGCUCCACGUAAUCGAACGCAUACCAGAAGCAAAUCCUCGGCCCUCCCUGUCACGCCUCCUUUACACCGUGAAUUAUUCACGAAAGACCGCUCAUUCAAGACCAAGUCUACAUGGAGAUGCGAUAGCCCUUUGAAGUUGGAAACCGAGAGCCCUUAUUUUUAUGGUAUCACUGAAGUGGAGCCUACGAAACUACGCCUCCAAGUCAUCAACAAAAGUGCCGACACGCUUGCCCAGGAUUACAUGGCUGAACUUCCCGACAGUCCAUUUGUAAACCGGAAGCGUUUCUCUUCGGAACAUCAAGAUGAAGGUUUCUUGGACGAUGAUGCUAUAUCAUUUCGGGAAGAUGCUCUCCGCAUUCUUGAUGGGAGCAUCUUCAGCAACCACCCCCAGGCAUCUCAGGAAUCUAAGUCUACACUAGAAUCCUCGCACACCGCUGCAGUCUCCCACCAGAAGAACGGGCGGCCUACUCCCCAGAAGGCCGAUUCCGGCUAUUCAUCCGGAGGAAGCUUUCGAGUGGUGCAACGUGCAGCUAAAGCUAUGCAAGAGGGUACCGUUCCUAAAACUUCCAAGCAGGGUUCGGUGGUAGCUGACUUUCAGAAAAGUGGGCAUGGUUCCGAUAGCGACGACUCGGUCAGCCUCUACACAUUCGAGCAAAUGUUGGCGCUUCCCAUUUCAAAGAAACCACUGCCACCAAUUCCAACCGACGAAAAUGUAGUGGGUAGACCCUCUCACCUGCGUUUCUCCCGAACCUCAAUGGUUCACACCCAUUCGCCACCCCCUAUCUCACCCGUGACGGUAACAUCAAUUGCGUCGCAGUUCACGACGGAUAGCGGAAUGUCAGCGCAAAGGAGGUUGCAGAAACGACGGCCAUCGUCUCAGAACCUGCCAGUCGUCCAGUCGUGUCAGCAGGUCACGGAAGGCUCUAUUCCCAAUAUUCCCGUUGAUGUCAAAGCCAAAUUUACACGCAGACUCUCUGAAUCCCCAGGCAUGGAGUAUUUGACGCAAACAUACGUGUCCAUAGAGCACAUACAGUCUUGCGAGUCUCCCGUUGACUCUUCCCUGCCAAUCAAAAUUGAGUUCCCAUCUCCCUCAGCGUCUCCAGUAUCUCGUUCCAGGCGUCAUACCCGAUCCCAGACUGAACGCUCACCGACCCCUCCUCCGCAUGGGAUUAGGCGGAGUUUCUCGUUCUUCCGGCAUAAGUCUGGGGCAGAGAAGACACCAGAGUCAGCGCAAGAUAUUGAUAAUACUGCACUAAGCGUUGUUGAUCUUGGCACAGUUGCAAGCACACUUGGUCGGUCACCUUACGACGCUGCGAUGGGUAAUAUCCCCCAAAAGAUUAUGGCCUCCCCAACUCAUCCACAUCAACUGGGAAAUACACUGCCACGAGCGAAGUCAAUGGCAAGCAUGGAUGCCAGAACAGCUACCGAAGUAGCUCGCAUCCGAAGCAAGGAUCGUGCUCUGUUACGAGCUGAGAUGCUACAGCGGCCGAAGAGUUAUCACGAUUUAAACCUGGAAGCAGGGGAAGCUACCGCCUCUCGUCGACGCCCGCAUAGUGUCUAUUCGGAUAUCCCACCAGUGCCCUCUUUUGGAGUGACUGAAGCCGAGCACAUUUCUAAUCCAUCAGUGGAAAUAGAUCAAGGUCUAACCAUGGCUGAUACGAGAUCGGGUCCUAGCAUUCGUGCUCGCUCUACAGGGCGAGGGCCCAUCGUGUCUCAGUUGGUUGAUAGGUUCGACCAGUACGGCAACAUACACCAUCCCUCCCACACAAGCGGGAAGCCGGACUGGGAGCCCCACACGCGCUUCUGGAGUCAGCGCCGAAAUUCCAUCGGGGAAGGGGUGCGCCAGCAUGUGCCAACCUCUCAGCCUAUGCCUCCGACACAGGAUCAAAGGGCUUCGAGCCAACCCCCUGAAGAUGCUGUUUACGAUCGAUAUCGCGGCGGCCUCGAGUAUGGAUACGAGCGUGGAUUCGGCAUCGGUGGCAGUGCAGGGACAAGACAGCUCCAUAGUGCCGCAAGCAGAAAGAGCAUGCACUUCAGUAAUCAGUUUGGCGUGGAUUUGUCAGACGUUCCUGUUUUCUUGCAGAGGGUUUAAGUUGGAGGUGCCGAUUAGGUAGUCCCAUCUGCACACUACACUGCAUGACGCGAUUUUCUUUCAUUUAGUGGGGCAUCUUUGCAUGGAAUAUAGCAUUCUCUCUUUCACAUCAUUGGUCAUCGGCAUUGGUCCACGCUUACAUGGGAUGGGGAAUCUGGCAUUCUAUCACGACUUCCCAUUUUGAUUCACGCAGGACACGACGGCGAUGAUAGCUCGGCAUACGAAUACAGCAACGACUGCAACAUGAUACA